CGUCAACCUCUCUCCGCGGCUCAACCCAGUUCCCACCUCACCGCGGGGUGCAGCAAGCCCACAGACAACAUCCUCACCAUCGCAUACACCUACUGCGCUAUCCAUCCACCCAUCUUAUACACGCAGCCCGACUUAAUCGCACCAUUACCAUUCCCUGUCGCACACCACCCACUCCCACUCCCACCCUCACACCCACUCACAUCACCACCUAAACCCCCGGUCCAAAAUGUCAACCCACUACAACACCGAACCCCCCGCCACGGCCACAGCAACCCUUCACACGACCCUCGGCCCAAUCCACCUCUCCCUCUUCGGCGCACAAACCCCGCUCACAACGCGCAACUUCCUCCAACACGUCGCGGACAACUACUACACGGGGACGAUCUUCCACCGGGUGGCGCCGGGGUUCGUGAUCCAGGGCGGGGACCCGACCGGCACGGGUGCGGGCGGCACCUCCAUCUACGAGGAGCCCGAGUUCGAGACGGACCCGGACGCGCGCGACCCCACCGAGAAGAUCGUGCUGCGCGAUGAGCUGCACAGCCGGCUGCGGUUCAACCGGCGCGGGCUCGUGGGGAUGGCCAAGAGCGAGGACGGGACGUACGGCAGCCAGUUCUUUAUCACCUUGGCGAACACGGAGCGGGAGCUGAACGGGCAGUGCACGCUGUUUGGGCGCGUGGAGGGGGACAGUAUUUUCACGGUGCUCAAGAUUGCGGAGGCGGAGGUGGUGGCGGGCACGGAACGGCCGGUGUAUCCUGUCAAAGUGACGGGGUGUGAGGUCGGGGAGUUGGGGAGGUUUGCGGGGAAGGUGGUUCUGAAUCGGAGGGUUGCUGCUGCGCCAACAGCAGCAGGAAGGGGGGCGGAGAAGGAGAAGGGCAAGGGUGCUGCGAAGAAGAAGAGCAAGAAGCCGAAGAAGACGCUGUUGAGUUUCGCCGGUGGGGAUGGGGACGGGGAGGGGGAUGAUGACGAGGAGGAAGGGAUUCCCGUGCGAGCGGCGAAACCGAAGUACAACGCUACGCUGGUCAGCGAUGCAGCAGCAUCCUCCUCGUCUACGAAGAAACCACAUGACCCAGACCUAAAAGAAGAAUCACCACUCCACACAAAACGACCUCCUCCAACAGCAACAUCGAGCAUGCCACCACCACAACCAGCACAACAGCCCACGCGCAAACCCAGCACCCCCGACCCAUCCAACCAACUCCCCCUCCCAGACCCCGAAUCCCCAAUCUCCUCCCCCGAGCCCACCCCCGCAGCCCCCAAGCAAACCAAACUCGACCGCACAAAUGCCGAAAUCGAAGCCGUCAUGGCCUCGAUGCGCCGCAGCACGGCCCCGGUCCACGAUCCUUCCACGCACAAGAAAUCUGCCCUGGAAGCCAUGAUCCCCUCCACUGCCAUCCGGGGCCGCCGGCGCCCUGGCCCCGGCAGCAGCAGCACUGCUGCCCCCGGAACAAGCGGCGGCGGCAGCAACGGAAUCACCGGCUUCUCCAGCAACAACUCCGCCGACGCCCAAGCGCUGAAGAUGUUCAACGCCUUCAAGGCCAAGCUCGAGAAUGCGGACUCCGUCACCCCGUCCACCACUGCCACCAAACCAAGCAGCAAACCCACCCCCCAUCCAACAUCCCAGACAACCGCAGCAGAAGAGGAAAACGAAGACGAAGAAGCCCAGCUAUGCGACCUGCACUUCAUCGCGAACUGCCAAUCGUGCCAAUCGUGGAACGAGAACCCGGACGCCGCCGACGAGAACCCUGAUGCAGCAGCAGCAGCAGCAGCAGCCGGCGACCCGGAAAAUGAUCGCGGGUGGCUGACGCACCAGCUGCGGUUCGGGAAGGAUACGCUGGGCAAGGAUCUGAAUUGGAAGAAGGAGCACCCGGAGGACGUGGAUUCGUUGAUGGUGAUUGAUCCCCGCGAGAAGGAGCGGGAGAUUGUGGCCUCCUCGUCGUCGUCGGGGAAGAAGAGAGGGUUGGAGCGGGAUCGGGAGCGGGAGCGGAAGCGUGGCCGGGUUGGGGAUUUGGAGUGGGAGAGGGAGCGGAGGCGCUAGCCUUUUUUUACUUACAGAAAACAGUUUACUAUAGGUAGUAACGUACUGGGUAUUUUGGUGUGUGUACAGUACUGGAUUUGUAGAGAUCAUUUGGUUGAUCCUAUAUGCUUGGAAUAUAAUCUGGUAGGGAAUCUAU